UGGGUUUUGUCUGCGUUUGUUUUCUUCUUCUAAUUCAGAAAUCAAACUAGUUCUCUGCGCUCAAAGUUUGUAGCUUUAUUCAAUCUGGGCACGUCGAAUGGGCUAAAGAGGUGUAAGCAAAUUCUCCAUUGAUGAUCAACUGUUUAAAAGACUCAAUACAUGUUUUGAUGAGUGUUUUGCUUUCCACUAGUGAUGAUGAUGAUGAUCAUGAAGAGGUUCUUGAACUUGUCGAUGGUCAUAGGAAUGAUGUGGUUAGAGAAGAAGUAGAUGCAAAGGAAGACGAAGGUCAAAUUGUUGGUGACACUCUCACUCUGAAAAGUAGUCUUAGAAAAGCGGAUUCAAAUUCAAUAGAAGCUGAGAAGAGGGAGAAGAAGAAGGUACAAUGGGUGGAUGUGAUUGGGAAGGAACUUGCUGAGAUUCGAGAAUUCGAACCUAGUGAAGAAGAUGAUAUUGACUCUGAUCGAGGAAAAACCUGUGUUUGUGUUAUCCUAGGCUCAGUGAAGUCCAUAAAGAAUGUGAAUAGAUCUGUGGUCCACAAGUAUGUUCUUCGGAAUUGGUCAUUGUUUAGAGUGAAAACUCAAUUGCUUGUUUGUAAUAAACGAAUCCAAGUGAAGGGAGAUGCGAAUUUAUGGAGAAGAAAAAGGAUCAAACUAAAGCUCGAACCGAAAGGAAAGAGUCUCACCAUGUCUUUAGCUCCGAGCAGUUAUCCAUCUCUGUAUUCUUCACCUUCACUGCCAAGAACACAGCAAACCAAGCAAAACCCUAGUGUGAUCACUCAAUCCAGUUUCAUUUCCGCCAAAAGUCUCUUCCUUUCGAGCAAUUCGAAUUCUUUAUGUAAUACCCAUGUUGCCAAACGCCGGAAUUUAGCUUCGAAGGCGUCGGAGACUGAGUCGACGGCGAAAACUGAAGGAGGAGGAGAAGGAGAAGAAGAAGAAGAGAAGUAUGAAACAUAUGAAGUUGAAGUGGAGCAGCCUUAUGGUUUGAAAUUCAGGAAAGGAAGAGAUGGUGGCACUUACAUUGAUGCUAUCCUACCCGGUGGAUCAGCUGACAAAACCGGAAAGUUCACCGUUGGCGAUAGGGUUAUUGCCACAAGUGCAGUGUUUGGGACAGAGAUUUGGCCUGCAGCUGAGUACGGUAGGACAAUGUACACUAUCCGUCAGAGAAUUGGUCCCUUGCUUAUGCAAAUGGAGAAGAGAAAUGGUAAGGCUGAAGAUACUGGUGAGUUAACAGAGAAGGAGAUAAUAAGAGCUGAGAGAAACGCCGGAUACAUUAGCAGUAGAUUGAGGGAGAUUCAGAUGCAAAACUAUUUGAGGAAGAAAGAACAGAAAGCUCAACGGGAGAAGGAUCUUCGUGAAGGGCUGCAAUUUUCCAAGAAUGGUAAAUAUGAGGAAGCAUUGGAGAGGUUUGAGUCUGUGUUAGGAUCUAAACCAACACCAGAAGAAGCAUCAGUUGCAAGUUACAAUGUUGCUUGUUGCUACUCAAAGCUUAAUCAGGUUCAAGCUGGUCUCUCGGCUCUGGAAGAAGCAUUGAAGUCAGGGUAUGAAGAUUUUAAGAGAAUCAGAACAGAUCCAGAUCUGGAAACUCUCAGGAAGUCGAAGGAUUUUGAUCCACUCCUGAAGCAAUUCGAUGAAUCUUUCAUCAAUGAGAGUGCCAUUAACGCCAUCAAGUCCUUGUUUGGCUUUAACAAGAAAUAGUUCACCUGAAGUUUGUGUCUUUUGAUGUGAUCUGUUCAUAGCUUCUCUUCUCUUUCUUGGCAAUAUAUACUUGUGAGGAAUUGUAUUUGAUUAUAAAGGUGUUCUUUCUUAUGAAAUUCUUUAACCACUUCAGCCAAUUUAUACCUUUUCAUAUGAAAUGACAAUAAAUCUUCAAAUCUUUGGAAUAAAAGUUUCAUAUUUGA